AUAAGCCUCCUGAGCAGUCCCUACUGACGCGCUUACAUAACACAAGCACCGAGGAUGUCUCCCACGCUGCCGCCACCCACCGACCCCGAAAGAUAAGCUCCGCAGCAAGCACCCCGCACCUCCGAUCCCGGGGCGCGAUCAGCCAAAGCGUCCCCGGACACCUGUCCCGCCGCGCCUUUGCGCAGCGCUCGGCAGAGCGGAGCGAUGAGCCCAGCCGAUCCCAGGCAGGGCAAGCGGCGGCGAAGGCGGAGAGAGCGAGGCCCAGAGGGAGGAGUCUCCGGCAACGCCAUCGACGGCCCCGCCGCAGCUCCGGGUCCUGAAGCCCUCCGGCUGCAGGCUGCUUUUAUUUUGCUGCAAGAGCCUCCUCUGCACCAGGAUCCUCGCGCGCUCCCUCUCUCUCUCCAUGCCUUUUAGGGAAGUGAAGCUGGCUUCAUAGAUUUGGGCUGUUUCACCAGACACCUGCUAAGGAUUAUUGCCUGAAAGUUGAAGUUUCAUCUAAUGCAAUGACCCAGCAGCCACAGGAUGAAUUUGACAGCAGCGUGGAGAAGGCAGUAGAUUGGAUGAAGACCAUUCAGGAGAGACUGCGGAUCAAUGAUAACACCAAGGGACCUAGGUCUGCCCUGGAGGCCAGGCUAAGAGACACAGAGAAAAUAUGUGCGUUGGAACCUGAGGGCCGGCUGAAGAUGGACUUGGUUCUCAUGAAGGCUGACGCUCUUCUUCAGUGCACCAACGAGGAAAAGAAACACGAGAUAUUAUCCAAACUAAAGGACAUUAAAGCCAUGUGGGAAGAGACAGCCAUAUACAUUACACAUUGUCACAGCCGUAUUGAGUGGGUGUGGCUGCACUGGAGCGAAUACCUGAAAGCCCAAGACGAAUUUUACGUAUGGAUUCACAACAUGAAGGUGACUUUGGAGCCUGACAUAGAGCUGCAGCUUGGCCUGAAGGAGAAAGAGUGGCAGCUCAGCCAUGCCCAGGUCCUGCUGAACGAUGUUCUAAACCAGUCAGCCCUGUUGGAACGGCUGCUGGAAGAAGCCUCUUCCCUCUACAACAGGAUUGGGGACCCAAGUGUUGAUGAGGACAUCCAGAAGAAGAUGAAAGAGGAAUACGCAGACGUCAAGGACGAAGCACAGAGGAGAGUGCAGCUGCUCGAAAAGAUAACAAAGGAACACGAGCGAUAUAAGAGCAACGUGGACCAGUUUCAGCUGUGGCUGACCCAGGUGACAGAGAGAUUAAACUCCUGCCUUAGUCAAGAAGCAAAAUCGCCAGCAGAGAACAGAAUUAAGUCAUUGCAGGACAUUGCCAAAGAUGUGAAGAGUGGGGAAAAGAAAUGGCGACAUCUUGAAGCUCAGUCUACAGGUGUGAUGCAGAACACCUCCCCGCUGGGAGCCGAGAAGUUGAAAGAGGAGCUUGAGGACCUGAAGAAAGCCCUGCAGAAGCUGAAGGUGGUCAGCACCGAGGAAGAAGAGAGGCUGCUGAAGAGCCUUAAAUCUGAAAACGCCUAUCAUUCGCAAGCCAGGUUCUUGGAAGGCGAGGUCCAGGAGUGCCGUAAAAGCCUGAAGAGAUUAGGAAGCACCUUUGAACCAGAUGACAGAGUGAGAGGUGACGAAGACUUAAUCACUCUGUGGAGAAAAUUCAUGGCAGCAAAGGCAACUCUCGCAGCAGAGGAAUCAAAGGUUGAGAGACUGAAGGCUCAACUGAAGGAUUUGUUCAGGUUUUCGCAAGACACGCAAGCACUUUCCGAAAGCAUGAUAGGCCUAAUACGGGAAUAUCAAAGCCUGAAGCAGAAGACGUUUAAAAUGAGCACCGAGACUGAGACAGAACUGAGGCAGCGCUUUCAAAACCCCGUGAGAGAGUUCCAGCUGUGGAAGCCAUCGGCUCAGAGGCUCCUGGACACGGCAGCGAAUGUCUCUGACUCGGCCUUGACAGACGCUUUUCUGCAUCAGAUAGAGGCAUUUCUGGCCGAAAGCUCCCGCUUUAAGGAGCAGCUCAUGAUGUUGCAGAUGAAGAAAGAUUUCCUGGGCAGCAUUUUCGAGGCAGAGAGAGCAAAGUCACUCCUGGCUGAAGCAGUUGAUGCUGCAAAGGAAACGGAACGCCUGCACAAAAGUCUGCUUCAGAGCAAAAUCAGGUUGCAGGCUUUGGUGUCUCAGCAUAAAGACUUUGAUGUGGUCUUCGAGCCUUUGCAGAAGAAAUUGUCUGCUAUCAGAGCCAAGUUGGAGGCAGAGAAGGAACCGUUGCCUGACCUGGCGGGCAAAGAAGCCCGGCUGCAGAGGCUACAGGUCAUCCAAGGAGACAUGACAGAGUGUGCUGUUCAAAUCGAAGAUCUGGAAAAACUCGCACAGUCCGACCCAGCGCAGAUUAAUAAAACCAAGCAGCUUUCCUCCAGCUAUCAAAUACUGAAGAGGUCUUUGGAGAACAUGACAGCCCAGAGCAAGCACCACGUCCAAGCCCACUGGACAUUUAAUGACAAAUCAUCAGAUCUCCUGCAGUGGCUGACGGCGACCAAACAGAAGCUGGAGUCCUAUCAGGAUGGCAAUGGAGGGUGGAAAACGAACGACAGGGCUUUGGACUUGGAGAGGCUGCAAAGUGAGUUUCCAGACAGAGAGAUUCAGUUGCACCUCACUGAAGCCCAUGGGCAGCUGGUCGGAGAAAACUCUUCGUUGGAAGGUGCUGAGAACAUCCAAGCCAAAGUGAAGAGGCUAAAGGAAUCUUUCGAGUCUCUCGAAGGCAUGGUGUCAAGUCUCCUCCAGAAAAUCCACGCAAACAGGACAACUGUAGAUGCCGGCAAGAAAACAAGCUUUUCAGCCAACAUGUCAUCCCAUGGUUUUGCCAUUCGCUCUACAGAAGAUCUCAACCACUCCUUGGAGAACAUGGCCAAAGAGGAAGAUACUGAUGAUCUCCAACUCAUUAAGAACUUUGAGCAGUGGCUGCAAGAAGAAAAUGCCAAGCUGUCCGAAAUUCUCGCCCGGAAACCAUCCGGUGGCGAAGAACUUAAAGCAAGACACAGCAAGUUAAAGGAGCUUCAGUCUCACGUUCCGGAGGGUCAGCAACAUUUUGAAGAUCUCCUGCGCCUUCAGCCGAUUGUUAAGAACUCCGAUGAUCUGGAGGAGCUGCGCUACCGAUGGAUGCUCUACAAGUCAAAACUGAACGAUUCCCGCAACUCUUUGGCAACAAGCUCUUUGGAGGAGACAGACACAUUUAGAAAGGUUGGCUUCCAAGUUGCUGAAAGUAUUGCAGGAGCAUAUUUAGCGUCAAUUGGAAAUCAAAGCAGGUUAUUUAUGGGGUUCAGCAGUUCUUGUCUGGUUUAUUUUCUGCAGUGCUCAACCCUAAUUAAAGCUCCUUGCUGAGCAAAUGAUUUGGGUCUCAUUGUUUGUACAAACAAAAUAAUUAGGAUUUAUUAGAUUCAUGACUGCCUAAUUGGUUCCCUUUGAGAUACUGUGGGAUGUAAUCUCCUGGAGCAGAUGGAGAGUCAGGAUCUGCAAUUGCGUCUCAUUUAGAAAGUCACCACUGAUCGUCAGACCAAAUAAGUUCAGCCAGCCACGAGCGAUACUAGUUUACUCACUCCUUCUCUGGAAGGCUCCUGGUUCAGGUCCUCAUGUUAAAAACAUUGAGUAAAAUUCUUCCACUGUUGUAAAACAGAAUUUUAGAGUUGGAAGUGACUUUUGAGGUCCUACAGCCUAGUUAUUCAAUGCUCAUUGAAGGAAUCUGAACAUGAAAUCUUGCUGGAUGAGACCAAAGCUCGUCAACUCCAACAUCCUGUUCUCACAAUGGCCAAUCAGAUCCCGAUGGGAAGCCCAAUGGAUAUACUAGGACACCAUGCUUCUGAUAUCAACCGGACAUCAUUAGAGCUUCCUGGAUGAGGCCGUUAGCCCAUCUAGUCCAGCAUCCUGUUCUCAUAGUGGCCAACCAGGUGCUUAUGGGAAACCUACAAGCCGGACACUGAGGCUCUUGGUCUCAAUUCAUGUGGUCCUCAACUUUUGAUGAGUGUGGGAAGGAAUUCAAAACUGAUGGAAUCUGGGAAGGAGAAGGAAUGGGAAUCCUCUGCAAUCAAGGAACUCAGGCUUCUGGAAAGAGUGAUCUGUCCCUUCCCCAUCAGUCUGCUUCAUGGAGAGGAAGCACAAGAGCACUCUCCCUUGUGGUUUUCAGCAACUGGUACCCAGAAGCAUACUGCCUCCUGCCUCCUACAAUAGCCAUCAGAGUUUGUAGCCACAUGCCAUAUGCUCCAGGAAUUGGUCUAAUUCCCGUCUCAAACCAUUCAAGUUAGUGGCUAUCUAUGCCUCUUUGAGAGAGCAAAUUCCACAGUUAAGCUAUGUAAGGACUUUCUUUUGCCUGCCCUGAAUCUUCCAAAGUUCAAUUUCACUGGAUGUCCAUGUGUUCUGAGAGGGGGAAGAUUUUCUCUGUUCACCUCCUCCAUGCGUAAUUUUAUACGCCUCUAUCACAUUUCCCCAUCCUUGCCUUUUCUUUGGUAUUCAGAAUUACAGCACCGCUGAUAGAUAAUGGCACAACCUCUGCUUAAGCAUCUCCAGUGAAGGUGUAUUUAGGACAUCUCCAAACAAAGGCGGUGGAUAGGGAUAUGCUCAUUGGCAGAAAAACGGCAUUGGGUUCAAUCCUUGGCAUCACCAGCUUAAAGGAGCUCAGGGAGCAGGGCCCAGACAAACAUCUCCUCCAGUCUGAGUUGACAAUGAACUCAGGCACACCAAGACUGCAUCAACAGGCAGCAGCUGCGAAUCAUUUAGUUGCAUUUCUGUCCUACUGUUUCUCCAAGUAGCUUAUUGUGGUGUGCAAGCAUCUCCCAGUCCAUCAUUUUAUCCUCCCAGCAACCUGUAUGUAAGGCAGGCUAUGUUUAGCAACAGCAACAGGCAUUUGUUCAUCACCGCUCAGGAAGUCAAAAUGGAUGGAAUCUGGGAAGGAGAAGGAAUGGGAAUCCUCUGCAAACAAGGAACUCGGGUCUCUGGAAAGAGUGACCUGUCACCUGUUUCGUGGGGAGGAAAAGUGUGCGAGAGAAAGAGUGGCAGAAAGAGAGAAAUAAAAGAAGGUGGCCACACACUGCCAGCUCUGGCCCAAAUAUCACCAGCUUAAAUUUUACCCUUGGGGGGGGAUGCAGCCCUUGGCAGAAGAAAUAAUUACCUCUUCACAAAUGCUUGGAUUGCUUGCACAGUUUGGGCAUCUCCAUUCAAGGUGACGUUCAAUAUUCCUGGCAGAAAUAGUGGGAAAGCAGCGACUGCUGAGAAAUACAUUGCCAAUUUUCACAGGCACUCUCUAUCCAGCCCUGGAGGCUUGGGGGGGGGGUUGUUUUUGUUUUUGCUUCUCCUGCCUGUUACCAGAACCAUUUUUCAUGAUAUAUUUGGAACGGAGUUAUAUUAAUGAACGCUCUACAUAAUGUGCUAAAGAGCCCACAGCUCCCCAAUAACAAUCUCGGCAGGAGUCAAAAUGCCUCAGGAGGAUGAGUCAAGAGCAAAUGUGACUGAGGACAGCUAGGCCGCCUGUGCAGCUUGAGUUCAGUCAUAGUGACACUUUAAAACAUUUUAAAUAUAAUAUCCUACACACUGCCUUCGACGCUCGGUGGAAUGUUUAUCUAAGUUUACUAUUCUUUCUUGCCUUGAUUUUUACAGAAGUCAUACGGUUGCCAACUUUUUUUUUUUUACUAGCUGUGCUCUUGUGAAUGGCCUGGCCUGCAGAAAUGUAGCAGGCGAAGCUUUACGCCUGGCAUGGAGAGGCACCUGCGAGGUUGUGCUAGCCUAGUCACCAGUGAGUGACAUUCUGCUGCUCUUCUCCAAGCGUGGAAGAGAGUGGAGAAAUCUCCCUCUCUGGCUGAUGGCCUCUGAGAGCCUAGCAAGUAGGGCUGCCAAUCCAGGACUAUAAGACUAUUGGUCCAUCCAGCCAGAGUAUUGGCAAAUUCCAUUGGUCGUGGCUACCCAUGUACACACACAUACCCAUGCUGGCUGGGAAUGGUGGAGGGUAGAGUCCAACAACAUAUGGCUUCCCAACCCUGGUGUGGACAAUAGUGAGCCAGGUGGACCAUUGGUCUGCUGUGUUUAACUCAGUAAUGUCUGCAUUGACUGGCAGCAGCUGUCAAGAGUUUCCAGCUGGGAAUAUUCCCAGCCCUACCUGGGGAUGCCAGGGGUUGAUCAUCUGCAUGGAAGGAGAUGCUCUUCCACUGAGCUACGGCCCUAGAUAAGGCAAAUUAAUGGAGGAUAUGCCUGCCAAUGACUACCAGCCACGGUUGCUAUGCUCUACCUCCAGUCAGAAGAAGGAGAGCUUCUGAAUUUCAGUUUCUGGAAACCACAGGAGGAGAGAGUGUUCUUGUGCUCAGAUCCUCCUUGAGGAUUUCCCGCAAGAAUCUGGUUGGCCGCUGUGGUCAUUGGCAUGGUCCAAGGGGCUCUUCUUGCACUCUUAAGGCACCUUGGUAUAAGGCAGAGGUAGGGAGCCUUUUUUCAGACAGGGGCCACAUUCCCUUCUGACAGUGGCAGACUUUUGGCUCUAAUAUUUCAGCGGGACCCUGUGCGACGCUAAAAUCCGGCCUCUCCCCACCUCUCGCACUCCAUUCUAUAGCAUUGUUGUGGUGCCCCCAGUGCAUCUGAACCAGUCACCCUACUCUUAAAAAGGUGGCGCUGUGGUCUAAACCAAUGAGCAUCUUGGGCUUGCCAAUCAGAAGGUUGGCAAUUUGAAUCCCCGCAACGAGGUGAGCUCCCGUUGCUCUGUCCCAGCUCCUGCCAACCUAGCAGAUCGGAAGCAUACCAGUGUGAGUAGAUAAAUAGGUACCACUGCAGUUCGAAGGUAAACAGCUUUUCUAUGCGCUCUGGCUUCUAUCACGGUGUUCCGUUGCGCCAGAAGCGGUUUAGUCAUGCUGGCCAAAUGACCCAGAAAGCUGGGUCCCUCAGCCUGAAAGCGAGAUGAGCGCUGCAACCCCAUUUUUACCUUUUUUUAAAACCCUAUCUCUGCCUCUGCUUCUGAGCAGCCUUCCAAAGGCCACAGGCCCAUGGUGCGGCAAAUGAGAGGCAAAAGUGGAUGAGGAAACAAAAUGUGAGCUUCACCUCCUUAUAGGAAAUUCAUUGCUACGCACACUCAUUUUCCCUGCCUUGUCUCCUCCAACCAGACAAGCAAGAGGCAUUCUCAGAGUUCCUAGUUCCCAUUCCAGCCAGGAAAAAGCACUCAGUGUUGAAGCAUGGCCAGUGGUGGGUAUGGCUUGGGCAGAGUUUCCAGGGCCAGACAGAGAGGCAUUUAUACCCUGGGCCUGAGGUUUCCCUCACUGUCCUCGGCAGUGUUAUUGGCAAGACCCGGCGUUGCUCCAGCGAUUGAAUUUUUGUGCUCUGCAGAGUUAAGAUGCAUGGCAUUUUGAUCAUGCCUCAAGUCAACAAGCCCAUGGUGCCUUCCCACUCUUUGAUCCUGCAGCAGCAUCACAGUGCUGAAGUUGUGACAGCCCGGGCAUUUCCAUGGCGACCAGCUGAGUCAUUAAGCACGAUAGCAUCUAUCGGCUGCCGGAUAAAGCAAAGCCAAGCCAAGAGCAGGUGGGAGGGAAAGCAGAGGCAGGAAUGCUGGAUUUAUAUGACCUCUCCUGCAGGUGUUUGCCUUAGGGCAGUAGGGAUAAAGUUGAAGGGAAGAAUCAGAACCACAGUAUUUAGCUUGCUUGCAAAACAGCAUUGCAGUUUAUCAACUGCUUCACAUUCCUCAGGUCUCACAACACCCCCCAUGAGCUAGGUCACCAUUCUCCCAUUUUACAGGUUGGGAACUGAGGCUGAAAGACAGCCAGUUUCUCAAGAGCUCACCUCAAGUCCGUGACAAAGUUGGGACCUCGAACACAGACCCAAACACCAAGUGAAUCAGCAGAAGUCAGUGUGGGGGAGUGCUGCUCACCUGACCUCCUGUGCUGCCACCACCCAAGCUUCUGAGGGCAGUGGAACUGCCAAAAGUGGAACUGCCCCCUCUGCCUAUCACAACACCCUUGGGCAGUGGUUCUCUCUCUCUCUCUCUCUCUCUCUCUCUCUCUCUCUCUCUCUCUCUCUCUCUCUCUCUCUCUCUCUCCACUGGGCUACAAUUUCAGGUUAAUAAAUUUCCUCGCAGCACACCAAUUUUUUUAUUGAUAAGAAAUACAUUGGAAAACACAACUAGGAUUGUCCUUGUCGGCAUCCAGGGGUCAAAAGGCCAGCUGGCUAGCCCCCAGCUGGAUCGUCUCCCUCUCAGCCUUCACCCUGCAAAGAUUCAUCAACCUCUGGCUACGAGGUAAAUCAGCGACUCAAGCUUGCUGCCUUGAGCACACUAUACGUAGCAGGGUAGACUGCACAACAGAAGAGGCUGGAGGCUGUGGAUACAUACUAAAACUACGGAUUUAUUUUACAUAAAUCAGAACAAAGAAACAUGUCGUCUCUCCUUGCCGUCUUCUCGGAGAGAGUGUCAAAAACAAAAGCAAUACACUGAGCGGAAGUUCCGCUCACGGGACACAGCAGUCUGUGCUGGAAUGUAAACAGACAUGUGACACGCAACAAUCCCAUGUCUGCAACAAAAGGUGGAAUGGAAUCUCUCAACAGUCCUCAGUAUCACUAGAUGCCCUUGCACUCAUUUUAAAAAGAGAUCAUGUUCUGCAAAUAAUAAUAAAAAUAUUUCAAUACUAUACUACUCUGAAAUGUUUAAACGUUUCUAUGAUUGCCCUUGAACCUUCCAGACACAGUUGUCAUCCUCCUGCCACGCGGGGGCCGGCCCUACAGCCAGGCUGGGUGGCGCAGGGCGCCAUGGCGCCAGCCCGCUAGGGGGCGCAUCGCAGCUGCGCCCGGCCGCUCUUCCGCGCAGCAGCACCCUCGGCAGUAGCGCUGCGCGCUGAGCCUGCCCACCCGUCGCGCAGCAACGCCCUCGGCAGCCGCGCUGCGCUUGCCUGGCCGCCCAUCGCACUGAGAAACGGGGCGGGGGGCGCCGAAGGGAUCCAUCGCACCACGGCGCCAGGGCACCAGAGUUGCUUAAGACAGCCCUGCUGCCAUGUCACACCGCUUGAGAACCACACUGCCCUAGGGGGGUCUGUAGGGAAGGAGGUGGUCUCUCUGCUAUUUGGGACGUGCCUCAUUUAAGGCUUUAAACACUAACAUGAGCAUCUUCAAUUGGACCCAGAAAUGAGCUGGCAACCUUGUGCUGAAAUUAAACACACAGGAUUGAGACCAGUGAAGAAAUUGGCACAGAAGUAUAAUUUUAUUUUUAUUUUUUAUUAUUUUAUAUACUGCUUAAUAAUCAGAUCAUUUAGGUAGAUUAAUAUCCAUUUGCCUGGGAUAUGAAGGCAAAACAACUCAUUUAAGGGUUUUGAGGAAAAUAACAUUUGAGAUGUUGCAACCCUUCGUGCCAUGAGGGGGAGAACUAGGAAAAUGAAGCUUGUUACCACUCACCCAUAAGCAAUUCUGAUCCCCCACACUGGGAUUAGAAUGCCCCUUGUGCUGCAAUUGUUUGUUUAUGCUGCCAGGAUUAUGGCAGCUUUGAGCCACUUACUCACAUGCUAGGCAUGCAUGUCAAAGCAUCCCAAGGGAUGGAUUAAUUUAGGCACCCACUCUUCAAAAUCUCAUUCAGCUUCCAAGAAACAUAGAAAGGAAGCAAUGCCAAAAAUAGUUAUGGGAAUGUUUCAGCUCACUGGAGAGCAAGGGUUGUAAUCAACUGGAUUUAGGCUGGAUUUUUCUUGCGGCCAUUACAUCCAUCAUCUAAGAAAAGAUUGUCCAACCCCAAACUCUUAGGCAUUUCAGUUCCUGCACCCUGAUGGAUUUGUAGUCUUUGGGGGAAUAAUCCAACCCAUGAACCUCAAAGAGCUAGAAACCUACUUUUCCUCAUUGCAAUUUCUGUACGCACCCCUGAUUUCCCUUCUGUUAUGCAAUAAUGUCAAAAAACAAGUUGCUGUGCUGUUUCACGGUGAAUUUGGCAGGAGUUACUUAAGGCUACAUUGAGGCUGCAUGCACCCCAAACGUUUAGAGUGCCUACACGCCCCAUAAAUAAUAAUAUUGGGGGCUGUGGUUCAUUAAGAGUGCUGGGAAUUGUAGGUCUGGCCCUACCAUUAAGUAGAGUGAGUCAGUCGCCCCAGGUGGCACCCAUGUUUUGAGGAAGAUUGAAUUUCCAGUCCACUUAACGUCUGUACACGGAAUGGUGGGCACCAUCUUGUCUGUUUUGGGCAGCAAAAUGUCUCGGGCCAUCCCUGUCAAAGUUCUAGCUGAACAACGACGAGGACGAGAUGGUUGGACAGUGUUCUCGAAGCUACCAACAUGAGUUUGACCAAACUGCGGGAUACAGUGGAAGAUAGGAGUGCCUGGCGUGCUCUGGUCCAUGGGGUCACGAAGAGUUGGACACGACUAGACGACUAAACAACAACAAACCUGAACUCUGGCAGCCCUGAAUCUAGAAUUUCCCUGCUGGGUGCAUAAGGACAUUGGACGAAGCAACUGGGUGAGAAGCUGAACAAUGGAAAUCUUUCUCGGUACCUCAGCACAGUUAAGAGUCGCAGAUGGGGCUCUCUUGGUAGUUCUGCCACCCUCAAAAGUGUGGCCCAGAAGGGAGACAGUUUCUCUAAGUUUUGGAACUCCCUUCUCGCAGAGGUGCAUCUUGCUGUCUUUGCUGUACAGCUUCCAGUCAUACACUGAAGACACACCUCUUUACCUUUCACAGUUAAAUGCAGUGUGUGGUAAAACUGUGGCACUCACUCCUACAGGAGGCAGUAAAAGAGCAUUGGGCAAAUCCAUGGGAGAGAAAACUAUCAAUGGCUACUUGCCAUGAUGGCUAUCCUCUGAUUGGAGACGGUAAUACGUCUGAAUACCAGUUGCUGGAAACCACCAGAGGGGAGAGUGCUCUUGUGCUUCAAUCUUGUUUGCAGUUUCCCCACAAGCAUCUGCUUGGCCACUAUGAGAACAGGAUGCUGGGCUGGAUGGGCUAUUGGCCUGAUCCAAUAGGCUCUUAAAAUGAUUUUGUUUCAUGAUGCCUACCUCUUUCAUAUUAUUGAAGCCUAACUACUCUAUUCCAAACUUAAAAGUAGAAAGCGUAAUGCUGGUUGUCAACAAAAGAGGUUUAAAGACUGUCUUAAGGGAAGUUUUAAAAAAUGUAGUAUAAACACCAACAAUUGGGAAACACCUGCCUGCGAGCGCUCCAAUAGGAGAACAGCCUUUACCAAAGGUGUCAUGGGCUUUGAAGAUACUCAAACUCAGGACGCAAGGGAGAAAUGUGCUAAGAGGAAGCCACACUUGGCAAAUCCACACCGUGAUCAACUCCCGCCCGGAAACCAAUGUCCCCACUGUAGAAGGACGUGUGGAUCCAGAAUUAGCCUCCACAGUCACUUACGGACUCAUUGUUAAAACCGUGUUAAUGGAAGACAGUCUUCCUCGGCUAUGAGUGAUCUCCAAAGAAGAAGAUUAUCUAAGCCAUACUGUUCUGCCUUUGCUUGAUUGUUUGCUUUUGUAAUUGUAUGAAACCUAUUUGACUUGUUUUUAAUUGUUUCUGUUCCGUUGUUGCAACCUGCCCUGGGACAUUUCAGUGAAGGGGUGGGGGUAAGAAAUCUCAUAAAUAAAUGAAAAAAUCACUCUCCCGGGUGAGACCUGGCAAACAUGGGACGUGGUUAUUUUUAAUGUAGACACCCAGGCUGUUAUUCCCCCAUAAUGCAUUGUGCCGCUCUGGUGUUCUCUGCCGCUCUGGUGUUCUCGGAGGGAAACCAAACCUUUUUGUAAGGCCAGAAUUGGAUUCCUGGCCCACUUUGCUCCCUUGCCCUUCUUAUAAUGAGCCAUUUCGGAGCAGCAGGCCCAGUUGUAAAGGCUACUGCUAUACGUUGAACUCAAAUUUCACCAUCUGUUCCACUUCCCUUUUUAUUCUCUGGCAUCUUGUAAAAUAUGAGGCUUGUACAGGGAGCAAUGAAAAUAAGUCAGCCAGAUUGUAAAGUGAGGUGCAAGGGGUGGGGACCCAGGGCUUUCUGCUGCCGUCCAGAGAUUAAACAGAGAAGGCCCAUGGCUAGAUUCAGAUGCAGUAUAUCCCAAAAUGGCGGGUGCCCCUGAACUUGGCAAACCUAUACAAAAAUGAAGCAGAGCUUUGGCCAUGAGGGAAAGUGUGUGAAACUCGCACUUCAUUGUAACUGAAUACCCAACCAAAAGCGGCCAUUUCUCUCCAGCAGCCACCAAGUUCCUGUCUGGCACGCAAGACAGGUUGGAAAAUUUGUAACUGGUGCAUGGAAAUCUCAAAAUUCAUACUAAAAGCAACUGCGCUCUCCCUCGAGGAAACCGAGGCUGAGAAAUUGUCUGGAAAAAAAUCGUUUGCAACACUAAGCAUUUUCUUAGAGAUUUUAGCGUCUGGCAGAUUGUCACACAUAGGUCAACCCCAAACGUUGGCUCACGGAAGCCCUUUUUAUGGUACCCAGAAACCUCCAGCCCUUUUGCUCAGCAUCUCGUGUCUCUUGGGGAUGUGGUCCGUUCCUGCAUAGAAGCAUUGCUAGCGCUUGUCGAGGGCACACUGCCUAACAUAAUGGCUUCAUGGUCUGAAAAUUAUCAGAGGGUGUGCCAAGAAUCAAAUCACCUCAUGCUAAUGGCUCAGGGACAGAGCCAAGUUUGAUGUUAAAUGCAGUUGUGGCCUAUUGGGACUUGUGAGACAGAAAGCCAGGAGCCUGACAUGAUGUGGGGCAAGAUCCAGUGACAGAAUCCUCCUCUCCGUUGAGUUCCAGAAAGGCAACAUGGAUAAUGAGGAAGGUGAAGGUGGAAGUAAGAAGACAGGCAAAUGGGGGCUAGCUGAAGGCAGAGGGAGGCUGGUAGCCCCAUAUGACCUAAUGGAAGAGUCUUCGCUGGUUAAAUGCCUCUUCACGUGUAAGAACCACCUCUUUCCAUAUGAGCCUAUCCAGACCCUGAGAUCAUCUUCUGAGGCCCUUCUUCAUGUGCCUCCUCCAUGAGAGCUCUACAGGGUAGCAACACAAGAACAGGCCUUUUUCUACAGUGGCUCCCCAUUUGUGGGAUGCUCUCCCCAGGGAGGUUCAGCUGGUGCCUUCAUUAUAUAUACACCUUUAGGCACCAGGCAAAAGCGUUUCUCUUUAACUGAUUGACUGAUUGGCAUCCAGUGCCCUUUUAGUGUGUGUGUGUGUGUGUGUGUUAUGCAUUUUGCAUUUCUAUGUUGCGGUUUUAUGUUUUAAUCGCCCUGAGACCUGCAGGUAUAAUUAAAUACAAAUUUAAUAAACAAAUAAAUAAUGAACUUGCAGAUUAGAUUAUAAAAUGCAAAUUGUAUUAGCUGGGAAGAGCAAAUAAUUAUUGGGAACCCAGAAGGUAGGGAUGAGGAAAUGGGUAAUUUCUUUCCCUGCUGUGGUCAUAAUGUAAAUCCCUUCUCUGAAAUGUCACUUCAGGUGCAAAGACGCAUUUAACAUUCUGUGUAGUUUCACCUGCAGUACUAGUUUUUGAUGCAUUUAAAAAUUGUGGGGGGGGGAGAGUGGACAGGAUGUGUGAUUAACAUGCACUUCCUGUUCUCCACACACUAGAAUAGAAUAGAAUAGAAUAGAAUAGAAUAGAAUAGAUCUUUAUUGUCAUUGUCCCCUUGCGGAAACAAUGAAAUUUCUCGGUUGCUGAACCCCCCUGCUGCUGUGGGGAAGAAAUUUUAUUUAGUUCAUAUUGAAAGUGUGCUUUUCUGAUUUUCACUUUCCUAAACUAGAUGAGGAUGAAAAUGUGGCUAUCCUUUGAAAUUUGCACUUCUCUGAUUUUGGAAUGCAGCUCUCUAGCCAAGCUGAAUGUACAAAAAUGCAUAUGCUAGGGUGAAGUGUGGGUAUAAAUGCAGGUGUUAAUGAAAAGAACACAUGCAAUCUGUUAGGGAAGCUUGCUUUACAAAACAUACCAGCGGCAAGGAGUUGCCUAUGGGCAGAAUGCUCCUGCUUCCAGGUUUCCUGUAGGCAUCUGGUUGGCCCCUGUGAGAACAAGAUGCUGGACAAGAUGGGCCAAUGGCCUGAUCCAGCAAUGUCUUUUUAUGUCCUCAGGUGUGCCCCUCCAGAUAGGAAUAAUGUCACAACACUGGGCACAGCAGAACAACUAAAAAAGCAGAAUUAUGUGUGGACUGUCUAGUAUAAAUCCACCACAAAUACACUACUACUGCAUCAGUGACAUGUUGCGGCAUAUACUUGCCCCCCCUCCCAAAAAAGUCCAAGCCAGGAUCGUUGCUUACCCCAUGGGGAAACUACCCCAAGGCAAGGCAACCAAGCACCUUUCAGAAUCUAACGUCCCUACCUGAUGUCAGGGACAGGACUGAGGAGGAAUGGUGGGGGCCACCCCCCAUUCUCCUGAACCUUCCCAAGAAGAGGAGGACAGUAUAGAUUUAGAACAUUGGUUUGCAGAAGGACAUAGUUCAGAGGCUGCAGAGGGCAGAAGCUAGGAAAUAUUGGGAGAGGAGCAUCAGGAAGAAGAAGCACCAGGGGAGAGACAGCUGACAAAUUCAGUGUCUUUGGAAAGCAUUCCAGACCCCACCUCCCAGGACCCGGCAGGCAUGGAGAGUAGGAGAACAGAAAUCUCAGAGGCAGAAAGCACAGAUCAGCCAGCACAAGGAUGACAUAGAAUAGGAGAGACAGAGCGAGUGGGACUUUACUCGGAGCAAUGCCAUUAUCUAAGAGAGACGGCAUCAUGCAUCUCUCUCUCUCUCUCUCUCUCUCUCUCUCUCUCUCUCUCUCUCUCUCUCUCUCUCUCUCUGUGAAUAUUGAAUAAAAUACCAUGGUAAGAAUGUCUUGUUUUUCCAUUUCUGGCUGCCAGCCGUGAGGGAGGAGGAUCAGAUUCCCUGAAGCCUGACACCUGGCUCCUCAUCUCCCAUUACUUCCCAACUUCUUCCCUCUUCUUCUUCCUCUGCGGUUUGCCCUGUGUAGGACCAGUCCUGUAGAUCAAUACCAUCUGCCCCUUCCUCCUCUCUGGAAGGCCCCUGGGGAGGUGGUCUCCACUUCUCCUCUUCACCUGUCCAGCCCCUGACAUUAACGCUCC